AGAACUCAGUUAGAUUAAACUCAAAUGUUAUUAAAAAAUAGAUGAUCAAAUUUCAAAAAUCAUCUAAGUAAUUUUUGAAAUUUCUUUUUUUUUUUUUUUUUUGUUAUUCAGUGCAAUACAUCGAGGAUUACUGGGUGCACUUGAAGAGCUGCACUGGUCAGAAGAAGCACCUGGAAAACCAGAAAUCCAAGUUAGGGCGCAUAAUGAACUUCCUCACAUUCAUGACAGAAGGGAGGACAAUCUUGAAAAAUUGGAUGUUUCUCCCGAACAUUAAGAGAAUAAACCAGUGGCCAGAAUUUCUUCUAAAUGAGGGAUUAGUAGAGACAACUGUGAGGGCCUACCUGGUCAACUUGUCACAGUUCCUGGCUUUUUUUAGGGACACCCCUCCCUCCGCAUCCAGGGUCCCUAAAACGGCCGUGUUCUCGGUGAUUCGAGCCGUGUCGUCUUGCAUUACUGAGCUGAGGACACCCGUCGUCAUCCGACAGAUCCGCAUCAAGAAAAGAAAAAUGAGCAAGGCAAUCCCAAGAGAGCAUCUACAUCAGUGCAGAGUCCUUGCAAGAGCCAGGAUCCCUGAAAUUCUUUAUGAACUCUCAAAGGAUCCCAAGCCGCAGACCCGCAGAACCUUCUUUGGGUACCUCAGUGUCUACAUCGCCAGCCUGUAUGGUCACCGAACAGGUGUGUUAAAGAACAUGACAGUGGCAGAGGUAGACGAGGCCCGAAUGGAAGCCAAACCAGGGGAUGCUGGCUUUGUCAUUAAUGUGAAGGAGCACAAAACAAAUCGUGCCUUUGGGCCGGCACAACUCUAUCUAACAUUGGAAGAGUUUUCAUGGUUGGAGCAGUGGAUCAUCAUCAGAGGGAAAAUCAACCCUUCCUCAGACCUGGUGUUUUUCACAGAGAACAACACGAGAGUCGAUAAACUCAUUGGGCUGAUGCAGACUGCCUGGGCAGACAUGGGUUUGCCUGGAAUCCCUACCUUCACAGAUUUUAGAACAUCCAUAGCGACAUAUGCCAGAAACGUUCUGUCUCCAGCCUCCCAUGCAAAAGUCUCAAAAACGAUGUGCCAUGACACCCGGACUGCUGAGAAAUAUUAUGCCCUCCACCUCACAGCGCCUCAGCUAGCUGAAAUCAGAGACGAUUUUGAGCUAGCCAUCAAGCCUUCCCACUUAAUGUCAUCGGUCACGGAUGAAUGUACUCUCCUGACCUUGAAAUCCAACAGAAGGGGGAGCUAAAGGCUGCUUCGUUCAUCCCGCCUGAUGCAUCCAGCCAGGAGAGGGAGUCCAGCUCCGGGUCUUCCUCCAGCCAGUCCACUGAAUCCCAGUCAUCUCCUCCACCUGACCAGGACCCAUCAUUCACCCUGCCCAAAAAGGCCAAAAAAAGAAAGAGUGUCUCUCCACUUCUCGCAUACAGACUAAGAAAACGCCACAAUUUAACUAAAACUCCAGCGAGACCUGUAGUCAGACGACCACGUAGGAUAAUCAAAAAAAGCUAACAAGUAAUGUAAAUAGUGUAAAAAAAAAGUCAUUUGCAUUUUACGUUUUUGUAUUUACUUUCGUAUUGUUAGCUGUGUUUGCACCUUAAGUGUUCUGUAUUUAUCUUGAUAUUGUUUGUUGUGUCUUUAAUAAAUAUAAAAACAUUUUAAGACAUUUAUCCGUUCAUUAUAUUAGUUGUAUUAUUAUAUUAGCAGUAUAACAUAAGAUAAUAUAUAACUUGUCAUUAGUGCAUUAAGUGCUAUGCAAAUAUAGCACUUAAUGCACUAACGGCAAGGUUCACAUUGGUUCCAUCAAUAUUGCCAUUAAAAAGGGGAAAUGAGAUACAACCAAGGGUUGGUUUGAACACUGCUCCUCUAGGUGGUGGGCAGGAUUGCUAUCCACUCAGCUACACUCUUUACGUUGUAUAUAAAUGAGACGCAUGUUCCAUAUGAACGUUAAUAUCGCCAUGGUACUCAUUAAAUGGUUAUAUGCUCAGCCACACCCCUUGGCCUGCUAUUGGUUGCUUAAUAAUUAUUCCUAUGUCAUCAGUGACGUCAUUGACCAUUGGAAAAAUU